GAACAGCCCCCACUACCCUCAUCGAACCUCUGCGUCUCGGCGGCAUCUCCUCCACGGAGGAGAUGGACCUGAAGGUGCUGCAGUUCAAGAACAAGAAGCUGGCCGAGCGGCUGGAGCAGCGGCAGGCCUGCGAGGACGAGCUCCGCGAGCGCAUCGAGAAGCUGGAGAAGCGGCAGGCCACCGACGACGCCACUCUCCUGCUGGUUAACCGCUUCUGGGGGCAGCUGGACGCGGAGGUGCAGGCGCUGCUGCGGCGCUACGAGGGGGAGGGGGGGGCACCCCCUGCCCCCCCCGGGGAUCCCCCCGAACCCCGACCUGAGGGGGAGUUGGGGGGGUGUUUGGGGGGUCCGGCGGCGGCUUUCGUGGCGGCGCUGAGCCGCAGCGGCCCCGAGGAGGGGGAACUGCGCCUGCGCCCGCGUCUGGCCUUCGCCCCCGCCGCCGUCGCCCGCCUGUUUGAGAUGCUGAACGCGGAGCUGGAGGGGAACCAGGAACUGGCCAACAGCCGGAUGGCGGAGCUGGAGAAGCUGCAGCAGGAGCUCCAGCAAGCCGUGCGCAGCCACGAGCGCCUCAAGGUGGCCCUGCGCUCGCUGCCGGAGGAGGCGGUGAAGGAGACGCUGGAGUACAAAGUGCUGCAGUCGCAGUUCUCCCUCCUCUACCACGAGAGCCUCCAGGUGAAGAUGCAGCUGGACGAGGCUCGCGCCCUCCUCCUGGCCACCAAGAACAGCCACCUGCGCCACAUCGAGCACAUGGAGAGUGACGAGCUGGGGGUGCAGAAGCGGCUGCGGACGGAGGUGAUCCAGCUGGAGGACACGCUGGCGCAGGUGCGGAAGGAGUACGAGAUGCUGCGCAUCGAGUUCGAGCAGAACCUGGCGGCCAACGAACAGGCGGGGCCCAUCAACCGGGAGAUGCGGCACCUGAUCAGCAGCCUGCAGAACCACAACCACCAGCUGAAGGGCGACGUCCAGCGCUACAAGCGGAAGCUGCGGGAGGUGCAGGCCGAGAUCAACAAGCUCCGCCUCCAAGCCAGCGGCGCCCCGCCCCCUCAAGGCAGCGCUCCGCCCCCUCCGCCCCCACCCACCGCCGCUGCCCCGCCCCCAGAGGAGACCACGCCUACCGGGGGAGCCCCGGGCCCCGCCCCCCCCCCUCCGCUCCGGGUAAAGGAACCCCCCCCGGUUCCCCCCCGUCCCCCCGGAGCUUCCCGGGGGGUUCCGGAUCGGGAACGGGAACGGCUGCGGGAGCGGGAGCGCCCCAAAGGUCCCCCGGAGGAAGGCAAGAAGAAGGAUUUGGAGGUCCUCAAGCAGCUGCGGGGGGAGCUCAAGAAGGCGCAGGAGAGCCAGAAGGAGAUGAAGCUGCUGCUGGACAUGUACAAGUCAGCCCCCAAGGAGCAGCGGGACAAGGUGCAGCUGAUGGCGGCCGAGAGGAAGAGCAAGGCGGAGGCGGAGGAGCUGCGGGGACGGGCGCGGGAGCUGGAGGAGCGGGAGCGGCGGGAGAGCAAGAAGCUGGCGGACGAGGAGGCCCUGCGGCGCCUGCGCCACGCCGAGGAGCAGAUCGAGCACCUCCAGCGCAAGCUGGCCGCCACCAAGCAGGAGGAGGAGGCGCUGCUGUCGGAGAUGGACGUGACGGGUCAGGCCUUCGAGGACAUGCAGGAGCAGAACCUGCGGCUGCUGCAGCAGCUGCGGGAGAAGGACGACGCCAACUUCAAGCUGAUGUCGGAGAGGAUUAAGGCCAACCAGAUCCACAAGCUGCUGCGGGAGGAGAAGGACGAGUUGGCCGAGCAGGUCCUCGCCCUCAAGGCUCAGGUGGACGCCCAGUUGCUGGUGGUGCAGAAGCUGGAGGAGAAGGAGCGGGGGCUGCAGAGCAGUCUGGCGGCGGUGGAGAAGGAGUUGGCCCUGCGCUCCCAAGCUCUGGAGCUCAACAAGAGGAAGGCGGUGGAAGCGGCGCAGCUGGCGGAGGACCUGCGGGCGCAGGGGGAGCACGUCCAGGCGCGGCUGCGGGAGCUGCAGGCUUGCGCCGCCGAGAACCGGGCCGCCAAGGACAAGGAGUCCCUCAGCCUCAAACGGGCCCAGGAGGAGCUGUCGCGGCUGCGGCGGAAGCUGGAGAAGCAGCGGAAGGUGGAGGUCUACGCCGACGCCGACCAGAUCCUCCAGGAGGAGAUCAAGGAGUAUCGGGCCCGCCUGACCUGCCCGUGCUGCAACGCCCGCAAGAAGGACGCCGUCCUCACCAAGUGCUUCCACGUCUUCUGCUUCGAGUGCGUCAAGAGCCGCUACGACACGCGCCAGCGCAAGUGCCCCAAGUGCAACGCCGCCUUCGGCGCCCACGACUUCCACCGCGUCUACAUCAGCUGAGCAACCGCGGCACCCGCGGGUGCUCUCCCCAACCGGCUGCGGGAGCUCCCUGUCCGACCACAGGGCCGCGGAGGUGGGUCAACGCCACCUUGGAGGACCGU